AUGGGUUGUGCGACGUCAGUCCCGCGGUUCCAGAGGAGGGUAAGCAAGCUUCUCCGAUCAAAACAAGAGCACCAUCGCCCACGAAUGACCCAGGAGCGGCCGGAUCAACUGGUGGAGAUCAAGAGACCCAAAAAAAUCUCAAGUGAGAUCGAACCAGAUGAGUCCGUCUCAGACGAAGGCUACGCAGAGUCCACCUCGAUGAGCUACAAUGGCCGUAUUUAUGCUGCCUACGGUAAACAUAAGCCAUGGAUGCCAGUCGACGACGCCGAGAUGGAUCGGAACGACUUCCAGCAUUGCAAGUUCACUCUGCUCCGCAAGAAUGAGCUCCAUCUCGCACCGAUAAAGCGGGACCCCUACAAGAUACUUGAUCUAGACACUAGUUGUACACACUUGUUAUUGCCUAACGUUCAGUUCGAGAUUGACGAUGUUCUCUGCCCGUUAUCUUCCGACGAUGGGACACAUAUUCCAAGCUCCGCAUUUGAGGAAAUGGCGCAGAUCUGUUUUGAUAUGGGUGACCGAAUUGGGGCCUCCGGCAAAGCUCCCUUCUCACGGAAAACGCAAUUGGAAGAGGCAGGAUCUGAAAAUGUCGUGGAGAAAGGCCCGAGAAUGAAGAAAAUUGGAGCUUUUGAGCUGACUCAUUUCAGAGAUGGGAUCAGGGGAGAUCCUUUGUACUUUGAGAUAUUACUGGCUCGGGCAAAGGCGGAGGUCUCGAAUAGAAGGAUGCACACGUAUUUGCUUUUUUACGUAGUGUAUAGUCAAAGGCCUUUAGAGACGCAAGUGUAA